CAGAGGUCACGCUGCCAUCAACCGGUUGUUAUGGGAACAGAUGUUUCUAAAAAACAUUCCACAGUCUUUUCUCUCCCCAGAAAACCCACACAUACAGACACAGCUUUACUUGCUGAGGAGGAAAUAAAGGCAGAGUAAAUACAACCAUUUCCUUGAGAAAAAAAAACUGUAGGCUGAGCAUCACAGUGGGAAACGACAGGGUCAGGAGGGCGAUUCUGCUGCAGUGUAGCAAAACAACAGAUCGAAGGUGCACGUCUCAUCAAACCUCUGCAAAUGGUUGAUGUUGACACAGUGUAUUUAUACAUGAAAGUAACUUUACUGAUACAUGCAUAUAUCACAUCACACUGUAAACAUAUGGACAUAGCAAGAAUUCUUGAAGUAGUCCUCAGUGGACAGUGUCUUUUCUCUGAUUUCAUUGUACUUUGCACAGAUUCAAAUAACUGAACAUAACAAAUGUGAAACAUAACUCCUCCAUGUUUCACAGCAGGGAUGGCGUUCUUUUCUCUGAAAGCCGAAUUUUUUCUUCUGUCAACACAGAGUUGAAGUGAUUUCCAACAAAGCUGUAAUUUUGCUACAACAUUCUCCCACAAGCUUUGUGACAACUUGAGUUUCACCAAACUUCACUCAUGCUUUUAUAAGUCUAUUCAGAGUUGUUUCUUCUUUCAUGGAGCCAAUUUUUAUUCAGAAUGUGACUAUAAGAGCUUGUAUCCGUUUUAAAAUUUCCCUUGGUUCUUUAUCCAACAUUUAAGCUAUACUUUUGUUCAUUUUGGUGUCAAUUUUCCUCUUCCAGACACAUCCAAGGAGGUUGGUUACAUUUCCAUUGAGAGGAAACUUUGUAAUAAUAAAAGCAGCUGUAACCACUACCUUCCACAGCUUGAUGAUUAUUUUCUUCCUUAUCUUUACAGACAGCUCUCCUCCUGACAACAAUAGUAACUAAACAGUACAAUGACAACUUGCUAAUUAGAAUAUUUCUUCUGUCAGCUACCAGAAAGUUGCUGCUAUUAUCCAGACAGGCUUGUGGGCUUUUGUCUAUUCAACUCUUCAACAUUCACUCUCUCAUUUGGAAACUUUAGGAUAGCCACAAAAAUGGAAUAUUCUUCGGGUUUAAACAUAGUUUGGCUGCACAGUCUUAUGUUCCACUGACAGUCAUUUUACUGUCGUGAAUCUGGCUUCUUCUGGAAAGUAAUUAUUUUGAGUUUGCUCUCAAAAGUCAGAAUUAAUCAGAGAGACAGAGUCAAAUUUACAGAGAUGUGAGCAUGGCAGAGAUGCCUUCAAAUUCUGUAUUGUUUCUUGCUUUAACUGACUGAGGAUAAAACCAGCUGCUGCUCAUAGAAAGUUCACCGAGUUGACGACGUCACAUAGUUCCCAGCAGCUCCCAAAAAUGGGUCUUUGAACCUCCUGUACUGCCUGUAAGUGAAACUGGGACUGGUUGGUGGCUUUCCAAACGUGGCGAUGGUUUGGCUACUUGAGAAGGGAAAAAGAUAAGGAUUUGCAUAAUACGCCUGAAACAGUAUGAGCCACAGAGCAGGCAGAGAUCACACAGCAGGAGAGCAUUUCAAAGGGAUUAAACGCACUGUGGAGACGUACAUGCAGCGCGUUUCAUCAUGAGUGUCUACAGAACAGAUCAAACGCUCAUCUGUCUUCUUAUUCUUGUGCUGACAGGAGCGGAGGUGCAGAAAAACCUUUCACCAGAGUGUAAGCAGUUCCUGUACAUGGGGACGCUGCCUCGAGGGCUCGAGGAUCAGCCGUUUAAAAAGAUCUGUCAUUUCUACGAGGGCAGAGCAAGAUUUAUCACCCUCUACGACACCUUCAACCACAUACCCGUGUACUCCGCAUACACCUUCAAGCGCUCGGAUGGCUCUAAGAAGGUUGAUGUGCCUUGGAUGUAUGAGCCGCAGCUCUCUACAGUGUCUGGCUCAAGAGAGAUGCAGCACUUCCCUUCAGAAAAUGUUCACAGCAGCUUUGAGGACGCUCAGGCUGUGCUGGACGACUACUCCAACACCGUGAUCUUUGAACGUGGUCAGCUGAAUCCAGACGAGCACCAGGCUGACCCCAGUGACAAAGCAGCCACCUACACGCUGACAAAUGUGGUUCCUCAAGUCCGAGAGUUCAACAUUGGUCCUUGGAAAAACUACGAGCACACCAUCCGCAGGCGGCUCAACAACUACUGCCGUGGCACCGCCUUCGUGAUCACUGGGGUCACCACCUCAGGUCACACAAUCCGCCGACAGAACAUCAACCGCCUGGCCAUCCCCACAUACCUGUGGUCGGCCUACUGUUGCAUCGAUUUUGACCACAAUGCCCCGUACUCCGAACGCUCAAAGCUCCCCGUGUUUGCAGCUUAUGGGCUCAACGACAGGGAGAAUAAUCGGGUUCAAGAAAUGACGGUGCAGCAGCUGGAGGACUUCCUGAAGAGGGUAACUUAUGUUGACAGCUCCUUCCAGAUCUUCUACGACAACUGUGUGCCUCCUAGUAGUGAUAACAGUGCCCUGCAUGUGCCUUGAGAAAAAGAAAUUCAGAUGGUCCCGACAACAUUAGGCAGCUGAUUAAAAGUGAAUCGUUUAAAUAUUAAUUUGACUAUUUAUUCCACAGUUGUUCUUGGGCGGUUGAGUGCUGAUUUAAAUGUUACACUUUCAGAUAAAAUUAGUAAAUAGGAACAGUUUUCAUGUGGUGUCUCAAGUGUUCUUCACUUCAUUAAUCUUCCUGUUGAAUAAUCUGUAUUUAUUUUAGAAGUCACUUGUUCUGUAGCUUUAUCUUAGAAUAUACACAGUUAACAAUACAGUAUGAAAUGGUCAUAGAGGUCCACUUUCUAGCUUUUCAGAGACUCCUUUGCUAAAAAAUAAACCUGAAGAUGUAGUUAAAAGCUCAAAAGUUACUAUUUGGAUUGAGCUUCAAUUUUAAUGCACAGUGUUCACAAAUGUCAAUAUUUAUCAUCCAUUGUAAUAACUGUUAACGCAUUUUAAAUGAAAUAUACUGUAGUAUUACUGCAACUGUUUCUCUGAUGGUGCGUUUACCAAGCUUUAGUUAUGUAUGAAUGCAUCAUAAAAUGAGUUAUAACUUAUGUGGUUGUACUCUACAUUCACUUUAUCUCAAUGUCCACUGAUCCUCUACAUAUUAACGGAGGCGUACACCUGCCUCUGUAGGCCUUUUGUUCAGUACGGACAGAUUAGACCAACAGUUUUACAUUUUCCUCAUGCAGCCUCUUAACUGCAGCGCUGCUAUGCAUUUGCCUUAGUAAAGCUCAGACAUUCAAAUACAGCACAUAACAGGUCUACUCAGAGUUGAAUGAUAAUGUGUUUCCCAUUUGAUUAGAAAACAGUAAUUCCUUGGGUUCAGCAUUUUUUAGUGCUGCAGUUUGAGAGUGGCUGGCUCUAAUUGCUCAGCCUGGCUUUUUGUGGUGGAGGGUACCUUUUGUUUAUAUUUUGAUCUCAAUUUGUUCCAUUAAAUGUGAACCACAAAAGCUAAAUUUAUUUUAAAUUAAGAUAUAAAAAUAAAAAUGAUUUACCUUCUA